AUGCUAAUCAAUGAACAUUCUGCUGGUAUAGAUAGAAAGCAAAAACAUAAAAAGAAACCAUUAAAUUAUGUAUCUACAAUAUCUAAUAAUCAUAAUAUCCUUAAUGACAAUUCAGAAUUGGGUAAAAGAGGGAUAUUACAUUCAAUUAGAUUUGGAG